AUGAAGGAGCUCCGGCACCCCAACGUGGUGGAGCUGAAGCAUGCUUUCUACACUUCAGGUGAGAAGCCUGGCGAGACGUACCUGAACGUCGUCAUGGAAUACUGCUCGGACACCGUGUACCGUGUCAUGAAGCACUACACCAAGAUGAAGCAGCCUGUGCCUCACAUCUUCGUCCAGCUCUACUCCUACCAGAUGGCGCGCGCUUGCGCGUACAUUCAUGCCGUCGGAAUAUGCCAUCGUGACAUCAAGCCGCAAAAUUUGCUUGUGGAUGGCCACACGCACGCCCUCAAGGUUUGCGACUUCGGCUCGGCGAAGCCUUUGGUGAAGGGAGAGCCGAAUGUGGCGUACAUCUGCUCUCGCUAUUACCGGGCGCCAGAGUUGAUUUUCGGUGCCACGGACUACGGCUUUGUGAUUGACAUUUGGUCCAUGGCCUGCGUUUCAGCGGAGCUUAUUCUGGGGCACCCCAUCUUUCCCGGAGAGAGCGGUGUCGAUCAGCUGGUGGAAAUCAUCAAGGUGCUGGGCACCCCAACUAGGGAGGAGCUCAUGGCCAUGAACCCCAACUACACCGAGCCCUUGGGCUUUGAUGAUGGGCCUGCCAUGGAUCAGUUGAGAGCCCUCCAGCAGAAGAAUGCUUUCCUCCAGCUGUUGCAAGACGCGUGGCGUGGGGAGGGUGCCCCGUCAAAGGAGGAGCAGGGUCUACUGGCUGAGACUCUGCAAGUGGUCAUUGCAGCCUUGCGUCAGGCUUCCGCGAUCUCAUGUAUUCAGCUUUUCUUAACCCUGGGUCUUGCCACGAUUGCUACUGAGGAGCUAACCUUGAGCAAGCUGGUGUCCGCCUGCCCUGAGCAUCCUGGUCAAGCUUCAGCAAGUGACAGUCAGAAGUGCGAGGUGUCCAUAGAAGGAGUUGACCUGGCGCAGUCAGCCCUGGAAGAUUUCGUGAAUUCCUACUUUGUUUUCCACAACUUGAGCCCAGAGAGGACUCAAGAUGUCUUGAAAUACUUCCCAACUCUGAGCUUUGUGGAGAGUCACAUAUAUGGACUGGAUCAAGCGAACGAGGACAACCUGCUUCCGCCGGACCCAAGAAAUCUAAAUGACCGGCUGCCACCACUACCAGCUGAUCCUCUUGGCCCCCUUCGGGCGGUGCUUCGCGAGCGGCAGUGGCUUACCCCAAGACUAGAGCAGGAGUUGAAGGAGGGCGCUCGUUUUUGGGCCUUGGAGCGAAAGAUCUGCUCAGCCCUGGCCGCACCCCGCAAAGGCGAACAAAGCUUGCCCAACUCUUUCGAUCGGAGUGACGUCGAGGAAGCUCUUCGGCUAAAGUCCUUCGACUACCGCACCAUGAACCUUUUGCUGUAUGUCAUGAGAGGUGAGGAGCCCAACAAGAUGCACAUGGAUUUUCUGGCAACUUCUGAGAUUCUUGUUGAAAUCGGAGAUGACCUCGUGGACUAUUUUGAAGACGUCGAAAGGAAUUCCUUCAACAUAUACCGAUGUUUCUUGGCGUUGUAUGGUCCCAAAGCUGGCCAGGAAGAACUUCGCAAGUACAUCCGUGCAGCCGAAAAGGAUUUUGCAAACGCGUUCCGCAAUUUGGACGAGGGCUUGGCACAGAAAUGGUUGCGACAGAGCGAGGCGCUCAAAAGGCAUAGCUUUGGAAGCGAGAGCGCCCAAGGAGGAAAUUGGGAGCUGCCGCCUCCCAUCGAGGAGGCUUCUUGCCAAGGAUGA